AUGCCAGAUGCCUCGAAUCAGCUUAGCGGUCUUACUGGAGACGAACUACAAGAUAAAAUCCAUACUCUUCGGGAGCAACAAGAAGAAAUCGCGCUAGAGUCCAUGAAUACUCGCGACAAUCCAUGUCUGCCGGAUGCAAAGGGUGAUUACUCCCCUGCCAUAUCCUCGCUUGACGAGGUGCAGACUCUUCUCCUCGACGUUCUUCGUCGAUUUGAGCAACGCCAUGAAUUCUUCAGUCCUCUGGAAGUGCAGAUAGCCUGUGUUGAAAUGAAUCAUAUCAUUCAAAAAGGACUUACUCCACAGCCACGUCUGCAAAUCUUUCUCCUGGGUGCUUUUGCGAAUUUCAUCGAUUCGAAUCACCAUCGUGGUGAAAUCCUGCGUCUUGUCAGGGGAGGCUUCGAUCAAGAGGAAGAUACCAUAUCACAGCUUAUGCAACAUGUGCAGCAAGCGCAUGAGCGAUGGUUUUUCCGCAUUGGACAAGGUCCUGGCAAAUACCUGAUGCAGUUCGCAUCGAAUGGAACCGCCCGACUUGUUGAUUUACUUCAAACUGGCGAUCCAGCGUUGACCGGUCAUCAAACAGCCCUUUCGGGCUUUCCCGCAGGACUGCAAGAAUGGGACCCCCUUCCGGAUUGUGCGAUUCGGCAGAUUAUGCAGAGAAACUUAGCAGAGGAGAAGAGGAAGUGCCCAGUGGUUUUCAGCACGUGUAAACCUUACAACGUCAAAGUCCCAUAUUGGCCUGUCGCACUUGCAACCGACGAAUUGGGCUACCGGUAUCUCUCCGAGGAGACUUUGGACUCUGUUCUACCAGUUUGGAGAGCUCUGCUUGCUUCUUCUCCAGAAGUCAUGUGCAAGUACCGCAGGACUUGGCAGUAUGUUGCCACCAAGUGGGCGGCCUGGAUUCAUGCCGAAAAAGAGAAACUAAAAAGUCUCAACAUGGAAUGGCCUGCGUCUUGGCGUGAUCACGGUCAAAAUAUGGGCAAGACAACAGAUAAGAGCCAAGUAAUGGUGGAAGUAAGGCUCAGAAGGCGAGACUAUCGCGGGCCUCGGAAGACAUCCCGGCCUGUACCUUCCCACCCCCUCAGACGGUCACAAGGCGCAGCCAGAACUCAGCUGAGUGGACCAAGGAAUCGACGGUGGAUUCGCUAUGACGAGCAUCGCGCAAGUGGAUCAGAGAGCCCGAGAUCGAGUUCUGCUCCUCCUAGCUCGCCUACCACAUCCAGCCAUGCUCUCGAAGUCAUGGAGGGGUCAGAGGAUGCACGCUCUGGAAACGAGAAUGAUGGUUCCGAGUCCAGUCUUGACAAGUCUGCAAACAACGGUGAUACUGACAUCACGAAACUCUGCCAAGUCAUUGAGUCUAUUUCAAACCAACUUCAAGGAGUGGAGGUUGGUAUGAAAGCCCUCCAAAGCCAGCAAGCCAAACUGGAAACAGACAUGCAGGAAUGGCUUGGUACCAGCAAUGGCAGUACUACCUCUGAUGAAGAUGACCAUGUGGAGCAGGGUGAGAGUGAUGAUAAUGAGGGUGAAUCACCAUGGCAGCCAACUCUCUUCAACUUGAAUCAAAAUCAUGAAGAUUGA